AUUCUCCAUUCCUCCCCUUCUCAUGAGAGUGACUGUACGCCGUGACGCCCCACCACGUACCCCCACCAUGCAAUUUCUGCCUUAGGCUGCAGGGAGGUGCGGGGCAGCCCACUCACUUUUAAACACCAAAAUCUUUUCUUACCCCGCCAUCUCCCGGGCAGCUAUCGACCACCACAACCAGCUCGUCUCUCCAGUCCAUUCGACCUCGUCGCAACUCAACAAUUCAAAAUGGGUUUCACCGAUAUCCUCACCGACGCCGGCCUUGCCGUGCUCAACAACUGGCUCCUUACCCGCUCCUACAUUGCCGGCUACUCGGCCUCGCAGGCUGACGCCGUCACCUUCAAGGCCCUGAGCGCGGCGCCCGACGCGGCCAAGUACCCCAACGCGGCGCGCUGGUACAAGCACAUCGCGUCGUACGAGGACGAGUUCCCGACGCUGCCCGGCGACGCCAGCAAGCCCUACACUGUCUACGGGCCCGAGGUCGCCGAGGUCACCCUGAACCCCGCCAAGGCCCCCGCCGCCGAGGAGGAGGAGGACGAGGACGUCGAUCUCUUCGGCAGCGACGAGGAGGAGGACGCCGAGACCAUCCGCGUCCGCGAGGAGCGCCUGGCCGAGUACCGCAAGAAGAAGGAGGGCAAGGUCAAGCCUGCCGCUAAGUCGAUCGUCACCAUGGACGUCAAGCCCUGGGAUGACGAGACCGACAUGGUUGCCCUCGAGGCCGCCGUCCGCGGCAUUGAGAAGGACGGUCUGGUCUGGGGUGCCUCGCAGCUGAUUGCCGUCGGCUUCGGUAUCAAGAAGCUGCAGAUCAACCUGGUCGUCGAGGACGACAAGGUCUCGACCGACGAGCUCGGCGAGGAGAUCACCGAGUUCGAGGACUACGUCCAGUCCGUCGACGUCGUCGCCAUGCAGAAGCUCUAAGUUGUGUAGAUGGGUGAUGCCUAGAUACGAAACAUAAUGAGUAACGAUGUGGCUGGUCAGUGUUUGAUACGAGGAAUGUGAUGUGAUGUAACUGUGGGUGUAUGCAAUGACGGUACAUAUCAGUUGAUUUGCGUACCGUUCCGCAUAUGUGUGACUGAGUGUAGGCGAGGAACUAUCAUGUGUCUUGGUUGCCCAUAUGCCGGGACCCAUUGGCUUGGUUCUAACUCGCGCGCCUAUCCAGGCGCCUCAUGCAUGAGUCGUCUCUUCCGCCGAGGGGGGGCGCAGUAACAUUCCUGUAUACGCUCGUUCUCAUGCUGGUGACUUCGACGAUAUUUAAUCGCAACCUUUCGUCGUUCACCGCCACGCAUUAUCUAGGUAACAUGGAACUAUUCCCCUCUCCACAAACACAAACCAGACGAU